GUUCACAAUGAAGAAACAAGUGUAAAAAAUAAAUUGUAGGACGAUGAAUUUUAUCUGGAAAUCAAUAUCUAUAGUGUUAAUAUUUACAUCGAUAACAGGUGAUUGCAAGGAAGAAUGUAUGUCAGACCUAAAACUGGCAGCAGUAAGCAAUACUGUAUUUGGCUUGAAUGUAAAAGAACUAAGAAAUAAGGAGCGGUGUAUUCAGAAUGCUAUAGAUACGUCAUGGAUUCUUCAAAUGAAUGACACUGAAGCUGGAAUUUCUCUAAAUUAUUCCGUAAAAUGUCAGCAAGGCUGCCAGCAUUGCAAUGAUGAAUCCCUUCGACCAUAUCCUCCACAAGAGAUUACUUACAGAUCAACGACUGGAUCAGACUUGUGUGUCGGAUGGAAAGGAAAUGUAUCAACAAAUUAUACAAUGUAUUAUAGACAAGGAAGAGGAUACUGUUCAGAUGAGUACCAACGGUGCACAGCAGAUAAGUCAGAGAACGAAUUUUUCGAAUGCUGCCCACAAAAUCUUCAUCCGGUUUCUCCUAUUUACGUGAAGAUAAAUUAUGAAAACAAAUAUAUGCAUGUGAACGGUAUAUUAUACUGGUUGAGAGCUCAGACUAUAUGUAAGCAAAUGUCAACAACACUGGUUAGCUACACUGCUAACGAUAAUGAGUGUGAUGACGAUAACCUUAAUAAUAACACUAAUUUAAUAACACUUAGGCCUUUUUAA